AUGACAACUAAUAAUCUUACAGAGCGAAUGCAUAAAACAGUGGAAGCACGACGUAGUGGAACACAAACAGUCAUUUCUUUUAUUGAACGUUUGUAUGGUAUUAAAAUUUUCAGAGAUUCAUUAAUUCAAAAUGAACUUGGUGAAACCUCAUUUAAUGCAGAAAUAACAGAAAAAAUUGAUGCAAUGAUUAAUAAGUUAGUAAACCGAGAUAAUAUUAAUAAACUAGCUAAUUAUUAUCUUGUCAAUAUAAUAUCUGGAGAAUGCACAUGUUAUGAUUAUAUUUGGAAUGGACCCUACCAUGAUGUCUGUAAACAUGUGCAUGCUACAAGGUUAUAUAUAGAAUUAUUACAUGGAAGGUUACAAGUACAAGAUGUUAAACAAAGUCUAGUAAAGUUUUUUAAAGAUAAGGAGCAUGCAAUUGCUUUAGAAAAAAAGAAUCAUAUUAUUUAUAAUGGAACUAUUGAUGAAGCUUAUCAAGAAAUAUUGCGGCUCUUUAAUUAUGUUGGAAAUGAUAUCUUUUUUUCUGCUGAUCAAAAAAUAGCAGCACAGGAUCCAUUCCGUCCAAUAAGCAAUAUGCAAAUUCCCAUGACAUUGGAUAAUUUUCAAGAAUCAGUCAGUUCACAAAGUAUUGAUAAUUCAACAACUAGCGAUCAGGUCAAUUCUGUACAAAAUUAUAAUAAUACACCGGGUGAUGAAAAAGAAAAUGAUUCAACACUGGCUAUUAAAAGGUCACUUGAAGAGCUAUUUCUCGAAAAAAAAUGUUUCUGGAAUCCCAAAGAAUUUACAAACAUAGUGGUAACAAAGAAGUUAUGUUUGGAUGAUGAUCCUACAGAAAAUGGAUUAAAAAUGAUGCUGUUUGAGAGCAAAAAUAUCUUGCCUAUUUAG